AUGACAGUCCUCUCUGUUCUCAGUGCCAAGGCCACCGCCAAGAACCUUGCGUUUGCCUCCAAGGAGCGCAAGGGGCUCUCCUCUGCUGCGCUCAAGAAGGUGCUGACCAUAGGCCACUAGAAGAACAUCAGACAUAUCAAGCUGGGGCUCAAGAAACUUUUCAGCAAGGGUACCCUGGUGCAGACCAAGGGCACCGGUGCCUCCAGCUCUUUCAAGCUGAACAAGAACCUGGGUGAGAUAAAAGAAAAGGCAAUGAAGAAAAAGCCAGUGGCCAAGCCCAAGAAGCCUGUGGCCAAGAAGCCCAAGAAAGUGGUGGCAGUGAAGAAGAGCCCCAGGAGGGUGAAGAAGCCGGCAGGCGCAGCAGCCAAGCAAGCAGCCAAGAGUCACAAGAAAGCCAAAAAGGCAGGCAGCCCCAAAAAGGCAGGAUACCCCAAGAAGGCAGCCAAGAGCCUGGCUAAGGCAAAAGUGUUGAAGCCCAAAGCGGGAAAGCCUAAGGCAGCCAAACCCAAAGCAGCCAAGGCGAAGAAAGCGGUGCCAAAAUAG